CGCGCUAUGAUGACGUCUAAAGUAACGGACGUUCUGCUACAGAUAGUUCCUCCACGUGAAGUAGCGGUAUCUGACUGUGAAGCCGUCCGGUCGCGGAGCCCAAGCUAUCGGAGGGCAGCAUGAAGGAGACUCCGCUUUCUAACUGCGAGCGGGCGUUCCUGCUCCAGGCCAUCACCGAGAAGAAGCGUCUUGAUGGCAGACAAACCUAUGACUACAGGAAUAUUAAAAUUACAUUUGGAACAGACUAUGGCUGCUGUAUUGUUGAACUUGGAAAAACCAGAGUGCUUGGUCAAGUAUCCUGUGAACUUGUUGCUCCAAAAAUGAAUAGACCUACAGAAGGAAUCCUUUUCUUUAAUCUGGAACUUUCAUCUAUGGCAUCUCCAGGAUUUGAAUCUGGAAGGUCAUCAGAACUGGUGGUAAAGUUAAACAGAUUACUGGAGAGGUGUCUGAGGAACUCAAAGUGCAUAGACACUGAAUCCCUUUGUAUUGCUGCUGGAGAAAAGGUGUGGCAAAUACGUGUCGACCUUCAUUUGCUGAAUCAUGAAGGAAACAUCAUAGACGCAGCGAGCAUUGCUGCAAUUGCAGCACUCUGUCAUUUCAGGAGGCCUGAUGUGUCUGUUCAAGGUGAAGAGGUCACUGUGUACACGCCAGAGGAGCGUGACCCUGUUCCUCUCAGCAUUCAUCACAUGCCAAUAUGUGUCAGCUUUGCAUUUUUUCAGCAAGGGACAUACUUGUUGGUGGAUCCCAGUGAACGCGAAGAGCGGGUUAUGGAUGGGCUGCUUGUGAUCGCUAUGAAUAAACAUAGGGAAAUUUGCACCAUUCAGUCAAGUGGAGGCAUCAUGUUACUGAAAGAUCAGGUUUUGAGAUGCAGCAAGGUAGCUGCAGUGAAGGUAGCAGAGAUAACAGAACUAAUACAGAAGGCUCUGGAGAAUGACAAAAAGGUCCGGAAAGAAGGUGGAAAACAUGGUUUUGCAGAAUCCAUACCAGAUCAGCGAAUAACUGUCCUUAAAAUGGAAAAAGCCCCUGUAGAUACAUCAGAUGUGGAAGAAAAAGCUGAAGAAAUAAUUGCCAAAUCUGAGCCUCCAUCAAAUAUUGUAUCCAAACCAGUGAUUUGGGCAGAAGGCACUGCACAGAUUGGAGAGGGUCUCGAGAAUGCAUGGGGGGAGCUUGAAGAAUCAGAAGAUGAGGAGGAGGAGGAGGAGGAGGAGGAGGAGGAAGAAGAAGAAGUGGAUCAAAAGGAUGAAAUUGCUGCAGUGGCAGAAGAGGAACCAUCUUUGAAAAAGAAAACCAGCAAAGAUGAUGUUAUAAUGCUGUCAGACAGCGAAGAGGAGGAAGUCCUAAUUUUACAACCUGAUAAACCAUCACAAACCAGAAAAGCUGCAGCUGUCGCAGAAAAAGAAUCUGCUAUUCAAAAAAAGACAUCCAGCACGAAUAAGAAAAAGAAGAAAUCCAAUCGAUAGUGUUUGUUGUUUAUUUUUCUGCAGUCUAUUAGUACCUUGUCUUCUUUGGUCAAAGGAUCCCAGCAAGUGAGAUGUUUCUUCCAUUAAGUGAAGAAUGGGAAAUGUGCUCUGUAUAAGUAGUUAAUUUGGCCACAUGCAGAACAAAUGACCGACACAGGUUUGAUCUCCAAGGACCAUAAACAAGUCACAUUUGGCCUGCUAGGCUUAUGUAUUCAACUAUUGUGUGUAGUUUAUUGCAGUCUCUGCGCUUUCAGCCUGCUGCAUACACUACCCCAAACUCAGUUUAUUUACUAAAUUGUGACUUGUGGUCAGUUAAUAAAGUGAAAAAACAAAAUGAGGAAAUCAAAGGACGAGAAGAAAUCUUAUCUAUCUUGCAGCGUGGUAUAUCAAAGUCAGUCACUGAUUAGAAAAGAUUUCACUAGAGCCGUGAUUCUUUUAGCACUGCCAGUGUUGACUGGACCUAAAUAAAAAUUGAAUGAGACUGGUUGACACUGGAUAUUUGUCAACUAUGUUUCCCUAUUUUCCAAAGUUAGCCAUUGCCAUAUUUAAUGAGACACAAUAGGCAUCAAAACAAUGUUGGCUUAAUGAAGGAGUUUUGGUGUAUAAAUCCUGUCCCUGCAGUCUCACUGCUCAAUUUUCUGCCAUUUAGGAGUUAAAUUGCUUUGUUUAUAAAGCCAUAGUCACACCUCCCUGAAUGUGACUUGCAAAGCCUUCCUAAACACUUCCUGAAAAGUGAGAUUGAAUGUUUAAGCUUCCUUUAUUGCACAGUGUGUUUAUUUAGAAUUUAUUUCCUGCUCUGUUAAUAGCCUUCUAAACAAUAGAAGAGCCUCCUCUUUGAUUUAGAGGGACACUAUAGUCACCAGAACAAUUACAGCUUAUUGUAUUUGUUCUGGUGAGUAGAAUCAUUUCCUUCAGGCUUUUUCCUGUAAAGUCUUUUCAGAGAAAAAGCAGUGUUUACAUUACAGCUUAGUGAUAACUAGAUGGCUGCUAAAGCUGAAUCCUUGGGCAGUGUCUCCACCCACUGUAUGCAAACUCUCUGAACUUUCCUCACAGAGAUGCAUUGAUUCAAUUCAUAUCUAUGAGAAGAUGCUGAUGGGCCAGGGCUGUGUUUGACUUGUGCUGGCUCUGCCCCUGAUCUGCCUCCUUGACAGUCUCAGACAAUCCUAUGCGGAGCCAUUGUGAUUGACUCAGACCACCACUUCUGCUGUUGUGAGCAGACAGAGGCAGCAGCUUCAGACUUGAAUACAAGUAAGAUUUUACUAUAUUUAGUGAGGGGGCUAGAUGGUCGUUUUAACACUCUAUAGGGUUCCUUUAAAGUUCAAUUUACAGACGGGGAAAAAACUUUUACAAGUUAACAUCUGAUUGAAAAUGAAGAGAAAUUUUCAUGGAGUAGAAUCAUGGCUAGGGCUGCAUGUACAGACAGUAAAAGUGAUUUAACUCCUAAAUGGCAGAGAUUUAAGUAGUGAGCAUGUAAGGGCAUCUAUCCAUAAAAACUGCUUUAUUGCGCUAAAGGUGUUUUGAUCCUUUAACUGAAAGGAUUCCACAUGCUCCAAAUGAUAAAACAACUGUAUUAUUACACUGUGAUGUUUGGUAGAAAGCUAUACUGUUUAUAUAAUCUUUAUUUUUGUAAAUUCGCAAAUCUGAUGGGGCGAUAAAUAGGGAUGCUCGGAGUGAACACCAACUUACGAGCUGAAUUAUAAUAAAGUUUUUGGUAUUGAAAUUCUUCAGCAUGAUUUGCCUAAAUAUUUUAUUGAUGUUUGCUUCUCAUCCAUGCCAGCAAUAAACAAAGCCUUUCUUUAUCUACAA